AUGCUUGUUGAUUCUGCUGCUUACUUUUGGCUACCUCAUCCCCUUGAAGGUUAUAAGGCUCUUGGGUACUUAGUUACUAACAGCCAUGACAAGCCCAGUGUAGAUGAAAUUAGUUGCGUUCGUGUUGGCCUAACCGGUAUAAGUGAAACUUACCACACAUUACUUGAUACUGGAUCUUUCACUCCCGGGUUUCCAUUUUGGGUUGAGAACUUGAGACCUUGUAACUGCAGCAUGUUAGGGACAGGAGUUCCAGUAAGGAUUUUUUUCUACAGUAAUUGUUGUUGGAACAGGAGAGAAGAGUUACCUGUUAUGUGCUUGAAUUAUUUGAACCAAACACUGCCGGAAAUGCCACAGAUUGACCGAAUUCAUGCGCUUAUAGAACUCUAUGGUCCUACUGUUUUCUUUAAUCUUGAGGAAGUUUACCUGCCUUCUUCUAUUGAUUGGCUUUUCAGCAAUGGAGCCAGUUUGUAUCAAAAGGGCUUGUCUAAAGGCGAGGUUAUUGAUGAAGGGCUUUUCAACGGACCAUCUACUAUGGAAAAUGGAAUUAAAAACAUGGUUUUUAGCAAAGUUGGUUCCCAAGUAGGUGAUUGGGAGCAUUUCACAUUUAGAAUAUGCUAUUUCAGUGGUGAGCUUUGGAGUAAAUAUUUCUCACAGCACAGUGUUGGUAAAUGGGUUGAUGCACAUGAAUUAGAGUAUAUUGAUGGCAAUGAAGCUACUGUGUACUCGUUAAAAAAAGGGGGGGACAUGCUAGUUACCUUCAUCAUGGAAAAGUUGAUAUUCCAACAUUAUUUUAUUUUUUCAACCUUGAGGACAAGGUUGAUCUUGGAGGGGCGAGUAAUGAUAGAGAGCUUAAUUAUUAGUUAA